AAAGGGAUCCAUUGAAGAUGUCGGAGGAGCUUGAAAGGCAAGGUUUUUAGCAAAUGGAAUGACAAUGAACAAGGGAUCAAGAAUACAGCCACUGAAAUUACACCUCCGUUGGACCCAUAAUCGUCGCCUGCCGAUGAAACAUGUCUUCGGCUGCAGGUCCUGCGCAGCAUCUUGCAGACCAAACCAGAUCCAAUACAAGAGUCAUUGUGGGAGGGGACGACAAGGAAAACAGAGCAAAGACAGAUGACGGAUCAUCUAUGUUCUGUCUAGAAAAUGAAAACCACAGAAAGUGGUCCAACAAAUCCACAGAGGACGAGAUCGAAACCAGAUUCCUACCGAUCCAUUCACUAAUGAAACACACCCAUAUGGUACAAAAAAUUUCAAGAAUUCGAGAGAUCAAUACAGAAACGAUACACAGCCGACAAAGGGAAAUUACAGUUUCGAUCAAAACAUAAAAAAACCGGCGGUACCAGCACUGCACGAAGUAGGAGGAUCCUUCUGUAAAUCCUUCAGUUCCUUCAAGUCCAAAAUCUACGAUCAAACACAAAUACAUGGAUCAAUCAACCAUUUCUGGUAAGUUUUGUUUAUAUUCGUCGGAACAUUUGUGGGUUUUGGCCCUUUUCUUCGUAUGAAGGCGAGAGAGACGACGACUGCGAAGUGCAGGAGAAAAUGGUGGUGGCCGGCAACAAGGUCGAAGAUUGUAGAUAUGCCUAACUGCUCUGUUUGGUUGCUAAGAAAAUUUUGAGAAUCUUUGGUACUUUCCACAAAUUUCAACAACUGAGCCGUGAUUUCAACUCUAGGCUUUGGACAAAGCCUUGUUUUUUUUUUUAACUGUAGGUUUGAGAUAUCUUUUUCUACUCAAAAGGACAAGCCUAACCUUGGAAAGAAUACCAUUAUCCAAGAAGCCAAGCACGACUAAUGUCCCACGCGAACAAAUCCGAUCCACCGUACGGAUCCUUUGGUCAUCCGAUGUACGGCCCCGCAGCCUCGUCGCCUUCCUCGAUGCAUGGCCCCGCCGGAUACCCGAAGAUUGGCCAACAAGGUCACGCCGGUUCCUUGUUCCCUCCGCCGGCGCGAAACUCUCCGUAUCACCAUCCCCCUUCCUCCUCACCAUCAUCAUCUUCCUCUUCUGGAUUGGGGAUUAAGGUUACCAUAAAACCAGAGUAUCGGAUUACACCACCGCCUCAAAUGUUGCCUCGAUUGGGAGAUGCUCCUUGGAGCAUUUUUCAGUAUGAUUUCGGCCUAGAGAGGAAAGUUCUGGCCGAGGCCGAUAAAGAAAGCCAAGACUGGAGCAAAUUUGGGACCGAAACUCUGCCCACGAAAGCCCCAGAUUCUAUAUCUUCGUCGCAGCGUCCAGACCCCGUGAUGAUGAGAUACAUAGCAUCUGGGCUAAACAGAGAAGCUGUCAGCAUAGCGGUCGCAAACUAUGGAGAUAAUCCAACCAAGGUGGAGGAAUUCGUGAAGGGCUUCACGCUACUGAGGGAGAUGGGGUUUCUGACAAGUUCAGUUGCGGAAGCUCUCUUCAUGUUCGAAAACGACACUGACAAGGCACUUGCAAACUUGCUCCACGGUUCAUCUUGAAUCCUCUCUUUUCUUUCUUUUUUUUUUGGUGAAAGCCAUAUUUAAUAUUUAACUACUCGACGGAAGCCAACCGUCGCUAUAUCUAUGUGUGUAUAUAUAUAUAUUUGUAUUGUGGUUUGAUAACUCUGAUUUGGUGCGUU